ACAGUCAAAGAGGAAGAGGAGAGAGCUGUGAAAGAGAGGAGGAGGAGGAGGAGAGAGCAGUCAAAGAGGAGGAGGAGGAGAGAGAAGUGUCUGAUCCAGAUCUGGAGGAAGAGGAAGAAGUAGAUAGUAUCACUGACCCAGGAGAGAUCUCCAACCCAGGUUCAGACAGUGAGCCCAGUUCCACAGCAUCAGGAAACCAUAAACAACACAGACGGAGGAACUCAAGACAGAAACAUCACCACUGCAUGGACCGACCCUGCUCAGAUUGUAGAGGCAGUUUUGUGUGUCCAACUCACCUCCUACCACGCAAAAAGACCCUCAAAAGAAAGAAAACGUACCCGUGUGGUCAAUGUGGGAAGAGAUUUCAGACACCAAGCAGCUUGAAGACGCACCAGCUUACUCACACAGGAAAGAAGUCGUACCACUGCUCCCAGUGUAGGAAGACUUUCAGUUGUUCAUUCAAUUUGAGGAGGCAUCAGAGAAUACACACAGGAGAGAAGCCUUUCCACUGCUUCCAAUGUGGGAAGAGCUUCCGUAUGGAAGGACAGCUAAACGAACACAAGAGAAUACACACAGGAGAGAAGCCGUACCACUGCUUUCAGUGUGGGAAGAGCUUUGGUCGGGCAGGAGCUCUAAAGGCACACCAGCUAAUUCACACAGGAGAGAAGCCGUACCACUGCUCUCAGUGUGGGAAGAGCUUCAGCCAGGCAGGACACCUGAAGACACACCAUCGAAUUCACUCGGGAGAGAAGCCAUACCACUGCUCUGUUUGUGAGAUGAGUUUUCCUCUUUUACAGACCUUAAAUAGACACCAGCUUACUCACACAAGAAAGAUGCCUUAUCACUGCUCCCAGUGUGGGAAGAGCUUCAGUCAAACAGGAAGCCUGAGGGCACACCAGUUAACUCACACAGUAGAGAAGCCUUACCACUGCCUUCAAUGUGGAAAGAGUUUCAGUCAUUCAUCAAAUGUGACGGCCCACCAGUUAACUCACACAGGAGAGAAGAAUUACCACUGCACUCAGUGUGGGAAGAGCUUCAGUCUGGCAAGAUACCUGAAGAAACAUUGUCAAACGCACACGGGAGAGAAGCCUUACCACUGCCCUCAGUGUGGGAAGAGUUUCCGUCAGUCAUCACAUCUGAGGGCACACAAGUUAACUCACACAGGAGAGAAGCCCUGUACCACUUCUCUCAGUGUGGGAAGAUCUUCAGGCAGACAGCAGACUUAAAGAGACACCAGCUAAACGUGGACACGUUUUUAUCCCGAUCUACAGGCUCCAGAUCAGAUCUCGGCCCAUUGACUGUUCCUAGGCCGUCAUUGAAAAUAAGAAUUUGUUCUUAACUGACUUGCCUAGUUAAAUAAAGGUAAAACUUAUCUACAGGCUCUUAAGACCGUCACAAUAAUUUAACAUGUUGAAUAUAUUGGGCCUCAAAUCAACCAUUAUUGCUGAGUGCAAGCAGUGCUCACUUAUGAGGCACGUCCCACCGUCAGCCAAUCAUCUCCUCAGAAAGCUAACGUUGGCUAGGCUAAUAGCUAACGUUGGCUAGGCUAAUAGCUAACGUUGGCUAGGCUAAUAGCUAACGUUGGCUAGGCUAAUAGCUAACGUUGGCUAGGCUAAUAGCUAACGUUGGCUAGGCUAAUUGCACACAGCAAACAUUUUCAGAUAAUUGGUUAGAUGGAAGGGCUGGAUAUUGAUGUACGGACCGGUUUGGGUUUUUACUUUACAUUCUAUGUCGGCCGUCAACGUAAUUAUGAAUUUGUUUUGGACUUGCCUACUUAAAUAUUGUAUUUUUUUUAUAAAUAUAACGGUAUUUGAAUGUUUGGUUUGUUAAACGUGAUAUGCCGUGUGUAACGUCCAUUUUGAUCAUUUACUCUGCUACUUGAGUCAUCUCUCUCUGCUCUCCCUCUCUCUAUGCCGCGUUGCCACACAGACCUAGCCCCGCCCCUUUCAUUCAAGGAGACACGUGUUGUUUCUGGUCCACCAGACACGUGCGCUCAGUCUGCAUGGUCAAUGCAGCACACGCAACAAUAUCAAUACACUUCUAGAAUGUACCCUUCCUUUCGUUUCUUACACCUGCAAACUGCUGGUUUGUCUUUUCUUAGCGAGUUGUUCUAUAUCGUGUUAGCCGCUAGCUAGAUAAUAGAUGUACCGAGUCAGAACAAAGAUAGCUAGUUAUACAGCCUGAUACCAGUGAUGGUGGAGGCCUAAAUCAGCAUGUUUGUGAAACAGUAUCUUCUAAACCAAUAAGAUCAGGAGAAGCAUGAAUAUAUUAUCUACAUGAAGUAGCUCAUCCCUGGCAUUUCUAUUUGUUGUCAUGCCAACCAGCACUGUAUUCAAAAUUCCCACUUAUUUAUAUUCUAUUUCUAUGAUUUCAACGGUUCCCCAAGUGUUUUGAUAUAAAUUAGAAGUGAAAUCGCAAUUACAUUUGGUAAAAAUAAAUCCUUGAUUUUUUGGGGGGCCAAUAUCGUGAAGCCCUGCGUGGCAGUGUGAAAAUAAUCACAAAUUAGUGCAGGAAAUGAAGAAAUUGAUGGAAAUGUAGGACAUUGUAUUUGGUUAAAGUUGAUUUGUACAAUAUA